GCCGGCAACAGCCCCGACCACCGCCGGCAGCAGCCCCCCUCGGGAUUUUCUUUGAAUCAGAACGGGGAACGCGUACUGCCUCCUCUGCGGCUGCGUGGACCAGGACAGCAUCGGUGCCUGAUGUACGUGAUGUUGUCGGAGGUGGAACCCAAGUGCCCCAAAUGCAAAGGUUCCUUUUUGCUUCAUGAUUUCCUCAACCGUCGCCACGAAGAACGACGGCCCGCCGCCGGCGGAAUCCGUAACUGA